UCUCCACCCCUCCUGUCGGCGAGUAAUGGUACGCUCCCUCCUUGUGAUGUAGUGCUCCCUCCUGCUGCUGGGCGGUCAGAAAGCUGGAAGUGCGCUUGAUAGAGAGAGACAGCGAGAGGUACGGUGCGCCUCUGUCUGCGAGAAAAGAGCCUGAAGGAUCCUCGCGCAGCUUUAAAGACGGAGAGAGAAAAAAGCUGAUGUUUGUGAAAACUGUCGAAAAGGUGCGCAGAAGUUUCUUGAAAAUGUAGCCUCUUCUAAUACAAGAGUUUUUGUAACCCCCCGCCUGCACGCGGCCGGUUACAUGGAGGUGUUACAGGAAGCUGUUUUGAAUCGGAUUCAGGAGAAAAACUGUGAUGAAAAACUUUGUUCCAGACGGAAAGACGAAGCGGUGACUUGCUGAAAAACAGUUUUUUUUUCCUCCCUCUCUCCUGCGUACACUGAUUUGUGCGCCUCCCAAAAAUGCGCCCGGGGAGACCUCACAAGUACAGUAUGAUGCGCCUGCUGCUCCUCCUCGUGCUCGCCUUGUCCUGCCGCUGCUGCCCGGACAAAUGCCUGUGCUCCUUAGAAACUGUGAAAUGCCAAAACCAGGACUUGGUCGACAUUCCACCUUCCUUACCGGCCAAUACCAAAUCCCUGUUCCUCACGGGAAACAAAAUCGCUCAAAUAAACGAUUCCUCUUUCCCAACCCGUCUGGAAAACCUGGAAGAAAUGUACCUGAGUGGCAAUGAGAUGGAGUCUGUGCAUGCAGGGGCGUUCAAAAACUUGCCAAACCUUGUAAGGCUGGACUUGAGUAAUAAUUUAAUCCAGAAUUUCAGCGAGAGCGCUUUCCCUGAUGAUAGUAAACUGCAGUUCCUCAACCUCAGCAGGUCUCUUAACAAUUGCACCACCCUUCAUUUCUUUGUCCAUGCAAACCUUCCCAACCUCACCUCCCUGGACCUGUCCAACAAUGACCUGCACUUACUGCCGGACGGCAUGUUCAAGGGCCUCCCCGGCCUGGCCACCCUGAACCUCCGCAACAGCUCCCUCAUCGAGUUCCAGAGCUUGGACGAGAACGGGGCUCUGCUGGCACUGCGUGACCUCGACCUGAGGGACAACAACCUGAAGGAUCUGCCCACCGCCAUGAUGGCGGACUUUGAACUCCGCGUCCAGCUAGCUGGGAAUCCCUGGCACUGCAACUGCUUCAUCAGCAACCUGCUGGCGUGGCUGAAGAACACCACCCAGGUGGUGGACAAGCACGAGCUGACCUGCACCGAUCCCGAGGCCGUGAGGCACCGACCCCUUCUGCAGGUGCAGCAGUCCCAGCUGAAGUGCACGGGCGACAUGGAGAGGGUCCUGAAGACGUCGUAUGUCUUCCUGGGCCUGGUGCUGGCCCUCAUCGGGGUCAUGUUCCUGCUAGUGCUCUUCUUGAACAGAAAGGGCAUCAAGCGAUGGAUGUACAACAUCCGGGAUGCCUGUAGGGACCACAUGGAGGGGUACCACUACCGGUACGAGAUCAACUCUGACCCACGCUUGGCCAACCUGAGCAUCAACUCGGACGUGUGAGGGUGGGCGAAACAGUGGGAAGUGGUUGGGGGAGGGGGCAUUGUCAUGGACUCUGCAAUUAUAUGACUCAAUGCUGUUCAACUUUUGCAUGAAAGUCUUCCUUCCUUCUUUUGGCCCCUCCUUCUCCCGCAACCUCCGAAACACAGCACAACGACGCCAUUCAGAUGCUGCAUCCAUCAAUGCUUUUUAUCGACCGCCGCUGCAUGUCCAACACAAAUGUUUGGCGGCCGUCACGCCAACUGUUUAUUUUUGUUUUGUUUCUUUUAUUCCUCUGCGUUGCGUUGCAUGGACGAUGAAUCAAGGCAAUUUUCAUUUUUUGAGGAAACCUCCUGCAAAUUGUCUUUUUACUUACCCAUAAGGACGACUGAACGGAGUGCUGCAACCUUUAAGUGAAACACCACCUGUCAAUUGCGUCCUAGACGAUGGGACUCUUGUGGGAGAGAGAUGUUAUACUGCUUGAGUUUGUCCUUUUCUUUUGGGAUGUAAAGAUGUCAUGCAGUGCAAACUAUGCCUUUUUCUGGACUGAUUAUAAUACACAUAGCAUAGUAUAUAAAUUUUGUAGAUUUAGGUGAUUGCUGUUUAUUUUUAUUUUUUAUUUUUUCCUGUAAGGACAUUUAGCUAAAUAAAUCAAACAAAAAAAAAAGCAUCUGGAUUGCUGGUACAUGUGUGAAGGGAAGAAAGAAUGUAAAGAAUGUGAGGCUUUCAAGGAGGAUUUCGGUUGGUGGUGGGGUAAAGAUGGAGGUGGGGCGGAGGGGUGGGUGCAGUUCAUUCCUGAGGGACGAAUCACAUGCCGAGUGCCAAAUCUCGGCACCCCCCCUUCACCAAACUGUCAACAAGUUCAGCAACGGGUGAAAAAAUGUGUGACACUCUCAUCUCUACGGUAACAGUUUCAGGUGUGAUCUUCAUUAACGAGCAAGUUGAAGCUCCAGCGCGUUAACAGACCGAACAGAGGACCCCGCUCUCCUCUGGAGGAAUGUAAAUGAGCUGCUACCUGGAUGUGCAUAGGUGAUGAGAGUAGCCAGCUGUUAUCUCCCGUUCAAUUUGCUCCCUGCUGGGAGAAUCUAAUAAAAAAAAGAAAAAGAAAAUCCCUUCAUGAUAAUGUACAUAACAACCAAGCUGCUGCAAAAUUGCACGUUCCGCAGAUAACCUGGUUUUAGUCAUUGUAAUUUCAAAGUGCUCGGUUACAGAGAAAGGUGGUGCGGGGAGGAAAAGUGUGUGGUGUUCUGAGGGUCAUGCAAAUGAAGGCAAAACCGAAGUCGAGGUUCUCCAGUGGGACCCACAGUGUGGUUGUAAUAAAAUGAGCUCAAGCCGCUUGGCUUUUUCACGUUGCUCUGUUUUAGGAGGAAGAGUGGAGAGGGGAAAAAAAAAACAGUGUCUCCUAUUAGUGCUUCCAACCAACUGUCAGAGGCUGUUCUUUUCAUGCUGUCCAGUGUAUUGGGGAUUAAUAAUUAAUGUGUGGUAUUCCUUUGAAGGCCGGACGAUGCGUGCUGCUGUCUAAGCAGUCCAAAUUAAUGAUGUUUGUUGUAUAUCUGCGCGGGAAGGACUGUGAACCUUUCUCAGCCUUUUCCGGUGAGGGCACGGAAAUAAUAAUUGCCGUCCUUUCCCUUCUCCCGUUUUCUCUCCUGUCACAAACGCACAGCGUCCCUUACGACUGCGGCCACACAGCGCCUGCGGCGGCACGGGAUGUGCCAGAUCUCCCCACUCUGUUGGCAACAUCUGUGUGCCGCCAGCACAGUCUGACGUCGUUUGCACGUCCGUGUGCUUUCUCCGGGAUUCAGUGUUAACUUUUUUUUUUCCUGACCAAUUUUUCCAAUGGGUACAGACAGAGGCGGGCAAAGAAUAUUUGAGGCCCCAAGUAAUAGUUUGACAUGAGGGCCUCAUGACUAGGUAAGUCCACCAGCCUCUAUAAUGCCAAAAC